AUCGGCCAAAAGUUCUGGGAAGCAAUUUCUGCUGAACAUGGACUUGACCCUUCAGGCUCUUAUCAUGGCGAUAGUGACUUGCAACUUGAACGUAUCAAUGUAUACUAUAAUGAAGCUAUGGGCGGAAAAUAUGUACCUAGUCCAUAUGGUCAUCUUUUUAGACCAGAUAAUUUUGUAUUUGGUCAAUCUGGUGCUGGUAAUAAUUGGGCCAAAGGAUAUUAUACUGAAGGUGCUGAACUUAUUGAUUCUAUCUUGGAUGUUCUUCGAAAAGAAUCCGAAUCUACAGAUUGUCUUCAGGGUUUUCAAGUAACUCAUUCUCUUGGAGGCGGAACCGGUUCUGGUCUUGGUUCUUUACUUUUGUCUAAAAUUCGUGAGGAAUAUCCAGAUCGUAUGUUAUGUACAUUCUCUGUGGUCCCGUCACCAAAAGUAUCUGACACUGUUGUGGAGCCUUAUAAUGCUGUGCUUUCAGUACAUCAAUUAGUAGAAAAUAGCGAUGAAACUUUCUGUAUUGACAAUGAGGCUUUAUAUGAUAUAUGCUUUCGGACACUUAAAUUAACAAAUCCAUCUUAUGGUGAUCUUAAUCAUCUUGUAUCUGCUGUCAUGAGUGGUAUUACUACUUGCUUAAGAUUUCCUGGACAAUUAAACAGUGAUUUAAGAAAACUUGCUGUAAAUAUGGUACCCUUCCCACGUUUACAUUUCUUUAUGGUCGGAUUCGCUCCAUUGACUUCUCGUGGUUCACAAGGUUUUCGUGCUCUCACAGUAGCUGAAUUAACAGCUCAGAUGUUUGAUGCACGUAAUAUGAUGGCUGCUUCAGAUCCACGUCAUGGCAGAUACUUGGCAGUAGCUACUAUAUUUCGUGGUAAAAUCUCAACUAAAGAAGUUGAACAACAAAUGCACACAAUUCAAACCAAGAAUAGUUCAUAUUUUGUGGAAUGGAUCCCAUCUAGUGUUAAAACAGCUGUUUGUGAUAUUCCUCCAAUUGGUCUUACAAUGUCUGGAACUUUCGUUGGAAACAGUACAGCAAUUCAGGAACUCUUCAAACGCAUUAAUACACAAUUCACUGCUAUGUUUAGGAGAAAAGCUUUCUUACAUUGGUACACUGGUGAAGCUGAAGAAGACGGUGAUGAUGGUGAAUAUGAAGAAGGUGGUGAAGAAUAUGCCGGCGAAGAAACAGCUGAAUAA